AUGAGGCAAAUAGCGGCCAGUUCGGACAAGAUGGCUUCCCUAAAACUCCGAGUUCCCGCCUCGCCGCUCGCCAGUCUUCCAGUCCCCGCCGUGGUCGUUCCGGUUCAAGACCUCGUCCCGAUAGCCUAUGCCUUUUCCAUGCAAAAUUCGGCACGGAAGCCUACAGGUGUGUACUCCCUUGUUCUUUCAAUUCAACACCGAGAGACCAGUGUGCCGGAGAAUAGAGGCAAACACUUUCUCUGGUUCUGCAGGCUCGAGUUGCACUUUCUACGUCUAUGA